UCCCCGGCGGUGGUCCUUCCUCUAGGCUUCUCUCGUCGGCUGUUGUUGUUUUCCUGCCCACGCGCGCCAGUGUAGUUUCCUUACACUCGCCCUGUUAAGCACCGAGGCAGCCGCUCGGUGCGCGCACACACCGCCGGAUUCCGCUGGAAGUGCAGCGUGGUUGGUGAAUUGCUGGUGUAUUUCAUCCGUGGCGUUUGGCUCGGGAGCAGCAGCUCCUCCCCUUGGUGGUGCUAUCCUCUUACUUGAUCAAAUCCUCGAACGUGAACAGUUUCACUGAAAAGCACGUUUUUUUUAAAAAAAAAAAGAAAAGAAAAGAAAAGAAAAGAAAGAAAAGGGAAAGAGAAAAAUCCAGCAACAGUGAAAGAACAGAAUCCAACUACAGGACUUUUUGUUUUUUGUUGUUAUUUUUGUUGUUGUUAAAACCCCCCAAAACGAAAUCCCUGCAUCUCAACCUCAGAGGUUGAGAAAAAAAAAAAAAGGUGGAAGAAGAAAGCUUUGGCUGCAAAAUAAUAAUAAUCUGCUGGCCGCUGCGCUCCCUCCCUCCCUCCCGCUUAGAAAGGACCCCCCACCCCUCCCACCAUACAUACCCAACUCUCUGCAAGGCAUGGAGAGAGGGGCUGGCUGGUCCUCUGGCUGCUGCGUCGCUUGGAUCGCCUCGGCAUGGCUUUUAUUUGGCGCUGGGUCUUUUGUCGGGGCUGAGAUAACUUGCAGAUCUUGUUUCCAGUCGUCUUUAUCGCCCACAUCUUUUCGGGUUAAGCUGCUGCAGUUGCCGUCGCCGCUGGAGGUUCCUCGGGGAGUGAAACUCGGGCCAAGCGGCGACGAAGAUGGGGAAACCCUGCAGGAGAAUCCCCGUGGAGGAUGGGGUGCAGCGGGAGAGGCCCUGGAGGAGGAAGGCGAAGCGAUGGGAGCGCCCCGAAAGGAUCCCGAUCCGGCGAGGGCGCAAGGCACCGCACCCGCGACGCCCGAGAAAGCCACCGGCGGACCCCCGAAGGAAACCGAGAGGGCGCGCCGGAGCCCCGAUCUCGGCGGCUCCCACCAACUCGGGAAUAGGGCGAAGGGCAGGGGAAGCUCCUUGCCUUCCGUCUGGGCAGAGAUGCAACAGAUGCCCGGAGGAGGGUCUGUCGGGGAAUCGCCGGCCGGCAGCCCCAGAGCACGGAGGAGCAGCGAGGAUUGGCAACCCUUCGGGCCGGACCGGCGAGGGGUAGAAGGAGGGGGUUGGGACGCCUCCUCUCCGGACGGCCACAGAGCCCGAAGUCCCGGCAGAGGCUCCAAAGAGGAAGGGCGGCUGGGCAAACUGCGCGGGGGCGGAGGCGAAGAGUUGAAACUGUCCAGCACCACCUUUGCCCUGAACGGAGACUCGGCUCACAACCAGGCGAUGGUGCACUGGUCCGGCUACAACAGCAGCGUGAUUCUCAUUCUUACAAAGCUGCAUGACUUCAAUUUGGGAAGUGUUACUGAAAGCUCACUUUGGAGGUCCACAGAUUAUGGUACAACAUAUGAAAAGCUAAAUGACAAAGUGGGACUAAAGACUGUGCUGAGUUAUCUUUAUGUCAGUCCUACUAAUAAGAGAAAGAUAAUGCUCUUAAGUGAUCCUGAGAUUGAAAGUAGCAUACUCAUCAGUAAUGAUGAAGGAGCCUCCUAUCAAAAAUAUAGACUCAGCUUCUACAUCCAGAGUCUGCUCUUCCAUCCUAAGCAAGAAGACUGGAUUCUAGCAUACAGCAUUGACCAAAAGCUGUACAGUUCUAUGGAUUUUGGAAGGAGAUGGCAGAUCAUGCAUGAACGGAUCACACCAAACCGAUUUUAUUGGUCUGUCACGGAUUUGGACAAGGAGCCUGACCUUGUACAUAUGGAGGGUCGGACACCAGAUGGACAUGCCCAUUAUAUAACUUGUAGGAUUCAAGAAUGUUCAGAGACCACCAGGAAUGGACCUUUUUUGCACUCCAUUGAUACAAGUUCACUUGUUGUCCAGGAUGAAUAUAUCUUUAUUCAGGUAACUUCUGGUGGAAGAGCAAAUUACUAUGUAUCUUACAAAAGGGAAGCCUUUACUCAGAUAAAAUUACCCAAGUAUUCACUACCAAAGGACAUGCAUAUUAUCAGCACAGAUGAGAAUCAGGUGUUUGCUGCAGUUCAGGAAUGGAACCAAAAUGACACAUACAACCUCUACAUUUCUGAUGUUCGUGGAGUCUACUUCACACUAGCCUUGGAGAAUGUUAAGAGCAACCGAGGACUAGAAGGGAAUGUUAUCAUUGACCUUUAUGAGGUAGCAGGGAUCAAAGGCAUAUUGCUGGCUAACAAGAAAGUAGAAGACCAAAUAAAAACGUUCAUCACCUAUAAUAAAGGAAGAGACUGGCGUUUGCUACAGGCUCCAGAUUCUGACCUUAGAGGGGACCCCAUUCACUGUCUGCUGCCUUUCUGUUCCUUGCACUUACAUUUGCAAGUCCCUGAAAACCCUUACACUUCAGGCAGUAUUUCAAGCAAAGAGACAGUCCCUGGACUUCUGGUUGCUACAGGCAAUGUAGGUACAGAAUUGUCAUACACUGAGAUUGGCAUGUAUGUUUCUUCAGAUGGUGGAAAUUCCUGGAGACAGAUCUUCGAGGAAGAAUACAAUGUAUGGUUCCUUGAUUGGGGUGGAGCACUUGUGGCCAUGAAACACACAUCAAUGCCUAUUCGACAUCUGUGGGUGAGUUUCGAUGAAGGAAGGACCUGGAAUAAAUAUGGCUUCACAUCAGCACCACUCUUCGUGGAUGGGUCCCUAGUGGAGCCAGGCAUAGAAACUCAGAUAAUGACAAUCUUUGGCCAUCUCAAUCUCCGUUCUGAAUGGCAACUAGUAAAAGUGGAUUAUAAAUCUAUCUUUAGCAGAAGAUGUACCAAGGAUGAUUUCCAGUCAUGGCAUUUACACAACCAGGGCGAACCUUGUGUCAUGGGAGAAAGGAAGAUCUAUAAGAAACGUAAAUCAGGGGCAUGGUGCGCAUUAUCUAGAGAUUACUCAAGAACAGUGGUUUCAGAACCAUGCAUCUGUGCUGAGUGGGACUUUGAAUGUGACUAUGGUUAUGAAAGACACAGUAAUAAUCAGUGCAUCCCAGCAUUCUGGUUCAACCCAUCUUCUUGGAUGAAAGAAUGUAGUCUUGGCCAGAGCUACUUGAACAGCACUGGGUAUCGGAGGAUUGUUUCUAAUAACUGCACAGAUGGUUUGCAAGAAAAAUAUGCAGCCAAGCCUGAACAGUGUCCAGGCAAAGCUCCCCGUGGGUUACAUAUUCUCACAUCCACUGGCAAGUUGGUUACAGAACAAGGCUACAACACUACCUUCAUAAUUCUUAUGGAAGAGGGUGACCUCCAGAGGACAAAUAUCCAAUUGGAUUUUGGGGAUGGUACUGCUGUAUCCUAUGCUAAUUUCAGUCCUAUAGAAGAUGGAAUCCGGCAUGUUUAUAAGAGCACUGGAAUCUUCCAUGUGACAGCUUAUGCAGAAAAUAACUUGGGUUCUGAUUUGGCAGCACUUUUCCUCCAUGUGGUUUGUCCAGUGGAACGUGUCCACCUCAGUGUCCCUUUUGUGGCCAUCAGAAAUAAGGAAGUCAAUCUCACGGCUGUAGUUUGGCCAAAUCAGUCAGGCACCCUCACUUACUUCUGGUGGUUUGGCAACAAUAGCAAGCCAUUCAUCACCUUGGAUAGCAGCAUCUCUUAUAUCUUUACCAGUGAAGGACUGAAUACUAUCACAGUGCAGGUCUCAGCUGGCAACAUCCUUAUCCAGGACACCAGAAACAUUGCUGUGCAUGAAUAUUUUCAAUCUCAAUUAUUAUCGUUCUCACCCAAUUUGGAUUAUCACAAUCCUGAUAUCCCAGAGUGGAGAGAAGACAUUGGCCGAGUCAUCAAAGCAGCUUUGGUGCAUGUGACUGGUAUACCCAAGGAACAAAUUCUUGUAGCAGUAUUCCCUGGAUUGCCUACCUCUGCUGAGCUCUUCAUUUUACCACAUCAAAACAUAUCAGAGAGAAGGAAAGACAGUGAAGAUGAUUUGGAACAGGCUGUUGAAAUCCUCUUCAGUGCUUUAAAUCAGAACCUGGUUCAAUUUGAGUUGAAGCCUGGUAUGGAAAUAAUUGUUUACGUCACUCAGUUAACAUUAGCACCUCUUGUUGAUUCUGGUGCUGGACACAGCAGCUCUGCAAUGCUGAUGUUGCUCUCAGUGGUCUUUGUUGGCUUGGCUGUUUUUUUAAUCUACAAGUUUAAAAGGAAAAUUCCAUGGAUCAACAUCUAUGCUCAGGUGCAACAUGACAAAGAACAGGAGAUGAUUGGUUCUGUCAGCCAAAAUGAAAAUGCACCCAAAAUUUCACUUAGUGAAUUCACAGACCCUGAAGAACUCAUGGACAAAGAGUUGGAUGCACGGGUUAUAGGAAGCAUCUCAACGAUCUCCAACAGUGAAAGCACAAAGGAAAUACCGAACUGCACUAGUGUUUAAUAUCAGGAGUCCAUUUUGACAACAACAUUUCCCAGUUUUUAUUUUGUAAUUAAUAUUAUGAGUAGAUGAAGCAAAAUUCUUCUUGUUAUUAUUAUUAUUAAUAUUAAUGGUGUGGACUUUUUUUUCAUUUUUUCUUUUUCAGGGGACAUUUAUAAAGUGAGCAUUUGGCAAACCGUAUCUCAAUAUGAUAUACAGCUGAAUGAAAUCAUGGUAUAAGAUCCUAAAUUUCAAUUGAAAUAAUUAUGUUUUGGUUUUUUUUGUCAAUGGCAAUCUCAAAAGGAUAUUUAAUGGUUCUUACCACACUUGCCUGUGACCAGUGCUUUCAGAUUCUGAUUCAGAUAACUGGUGUUAUCCGAUAAAUCUUGAAAACUGUUUCUGUGAGGUCCCUUCUGAAUAAUAUUUUUAGAUCCCAAUGAAGGUGGGUGGGAUGCACAAAAUGGCCCAACCAAUAUUGACCAAAUUUCUGAAGAGGCUCUCACUGGUGCAUGUUCAUACUGAUGGUAUAAUGUAGAUACUUACCAUGUAAAUAUAUUUUUAUUUCUUGAGAAAUAAUUUAAUGUUUAGCAAAAGAUAAAUUUAAAAUAAAUAAGCCACACACAGACAUACACACAGCACACAUGUUUGCAUUGAUAUCAAAAGCAAAAUGUUAAACGGAAGCCUGCAGUGAGCAACUGUGUCACAUGUGGGAUCUAAAUGUAUAUCAGUUGUCUGUCCUAUUUAAAUCUGUUGCCUUAUUUUAACAGUACCGUGCCAAGGAAUCCCCUAAAGUAGGAAAUGUGUACUGGUUUAGGCAUGUUUCAGAACACAGUUUAGUUAAGUCAGUUUCCUCUUCCUCUUCCUCUUCCUUACAGGAAGAGAAGAUGAGGAAUGAGGAUACUAAUUAUACUAGUUUUGCAGCUAAUAAGCUUAGCUGCAAAACUCUGAAAUAUGAAUCCAUACUAUCCCCAUUUGAAUUAGUUAGCUGCAUGGAGGAAAUAUUCUUCACCAAAAGGAAGAUAAAUAAUAAAUCCAAGACUGACUUUUAACCUGUAGUGAUGGCCACUAUCUGGAAAUUUGUUAUUUUUAUUUUAACAUUUUAAUCUCAACUCUUUCUCACUUUUUCCUCUAUACUCCUUUCAGCACAUGAUUUUAUUUUGUAUUUUGCUUCCAGCUCAUCUGAUAUGAUCAUAUGGGUACAGUUAAAUAGGUUGUGUAAGAUUGAUUUUGGAUUUCACUGUUUUAAACUGUUGUUUAAUAGAAAUAGAAAUAUUAGGUGUUACAAUCUGCUGUUGCAUUGUUGACUCAAAAUUCUGAAAUUUUAUUUUAUAUAUUAAUACAUUUAAAUAACUCAGAAAGGUGGCAAUAAAAACAAUAGUAAAAUCAAAACAUUAAAACAAGUACAAUUAAAAACCUCAACAAAAUUGUUAUAGGAAAACAGUAGAAAAGAUUGAUAUUAAAAGCAAUGCAGCCAUCUCAUUAGAUCACCAUUUCUGUGAAACUGCCUAAAUCUACUGACACAGCCAUGUUUUAAGAACCUUCCAGAAGAAGUACUCAAAGGUUCCCAGAUUUGCAAAAUCUCUUAUAUGACAUUAUUUUCACUGAGAAUAUAGUAGGCUAAUAUACAAUCAUAGAUGUUUGCUUUAUAAUGUAUUAUAUGACAAUUUUAUUUGUUGGCAAACAUAUUUGAAUGAUCUUAAUUAGCAAUACUAUGCUUGAUUGGUAAAGUAUUCUGAGUAUUCAUAUCUGUGCAGUAAAAAGAUCCAUAUUUUAUGGCCGCCUAAUGAUGGGUGGAUAUCUUUUGGCUAUUAUUUGCCUGAUAACUGGUAAUGUUCAGAAACAGGAUCAGCAAAAGUAUCAGAAAUUUCAUGGUCACUAGGUAGAUUAAUCAGCAAUAGAAAAAGAAGUCUGAAACUAAUUAUUUUCAAUCAACGGAUUUUAUUAUUUUAACAUCCAGAAAAAAGAAUCUGUCAAAGAGGGGGUGGGAGAUUAUAGCUCUGAGUAAAAUAAAAACUUCAGAGGGAUCAAUUUAAAAGCUGGUGCAGUCCUUUUAGAUCUUGUGAAACAUUCUAAAAUGUCUCUCUCUACAAAGCAAAUAUUAGAAUUGGACAAUUCACAAAUCCACAGUUUAACAUGAAAAACAUGCACAAAAUAGUAUAUGCAAACUGUUCUACUGAGAGUGUCAUUUCAGAUACAGACUGUUUCUGUAUUCAGAAGAAUAUGUAUUAAUAUACUUUUUAUUAAUAAUGUAUUUUGCUAGGGUGCUGGUCACUAAAAAAAUCCUUAGUGAUUUCUUAGAUUCAUGUUUAUAAAGUAAUUUCCAAAAUGUAAAGAAUAUCUUCCUUAUUCGUGAUUACUAUGUCUCAGGAACUGUGGAAAUAGUGAUGUUCCCAAUCAAUAAACUUAUUACAUAAGCAGCACAAAAUACAAUUACAGAGAAUUCCAGUCCUCCCUUAUUCCAAUUCUUCAUCUAAGGAAUUCAAGAUAGCUAUACAUGGUUCUGUCCUGUUUCACAGUCCUCCAAGAUAAAUUAAGCUGAGAGACAAUGUUAGAUUAAUGUCUUAGUUUCUUUUAAUUUAUACUCAGCAAACUAGUUACCAGGUAAUUAAGAAAAAGUGUGUUUGUAUGUCCAUGCUAUAUGCAAAAAAAGUGAAAAUUGAUCAUUAAUCUCUGCAUGAGAUUAAUGAUUGACCCUCUCUUCAUCCUUCCAGUAAAUUCCAUACAUCCCCCACAGCUCUUCUCAGAUCACCGGCUUCCAUUUACAUUUCAAAUCUUGAAUGUUGUUUGUCCAGCUAAUGACAACUCCAAUCUAUACAAAAUGUUUAUUCUAGGGAUUUGUAUUUAAAAAAAAUAAAGGAGAAGAAAUGGGAAAGGGGAGGGAGGGAGAAGAAACAACAAUUAAUUCAGCAAGCUAGCCUGAGCCUGCAGUGUCAGUCUCAAAAUGUUUGAGAAAAAAAUUAAAUCAUGUUCUUUUAUUAGUAUUGGUGAGAUUUAUGUCUAUAUUUCUUUAUUUGUUUAAACUGUGGGUUAUUUGACAUCUUUCUUUCCGGGUCUUAAAAAUGCAGUCUGCAAAGCCUCACUUUUACCUCAGCUGAAAUCUCUUAGAAUAUAAGAACAUAGGCUAAUACUAGGCCAAUGGAAUUCUAUGGAGGAGUGCAAAAUGAUAUCCAGAUGCCAAAAUUGUGCCACUUAACAUUUUAAUGAGACUUGAAUGGCUUGUGGGAAAUGGCAGGAGAAAUUUAAUUAAAUUAUUUCUGCUCUUUUAUUUAUUUACUUUAAGAGAGUGGAUAUCUUGAGGGGCAUGUUGUACAGAUUGAAUUUAAUACAAUAAUUGGCAACAAUAUAGUUCUAUUUAGGUGCUUGGAAAUAAGGACUACUCAUAAGUAGUCUUACAUCUAAUUAUCCUACCUCUGUCAAUAAUACUCUUAAUGUUAGCUUCUACCAUAGAGAUAGGCAAUGUAUUUUCAGCCAAUGCCUACAUUUUUAAAACAUAUUUAAGAUUUUAGGAGAUAUGUGCAAUGAUAAAGUGACAUUACUAGUGAUGUGUCUUGGGGAGUGGAAUUUUUAUUUUUCUGAGCAUAGGGGUUAUUUUAUAAGACUUAUUUGUUUUUUGCAAUUUAUUAUAAGCUUUAUAAUUGAGAGGAUGCAAGUAGCUGUGGGAACAUUCUUGAAUGUAUUCAUACAAAUUACAUAAAAUAUGUAGAAAGUCAGGUUUAUCACAAUUUAUUAUGAAAUUUAAUUAUUCUUUCUUUAUGGGCAAGAAGCCAGACAGUACACUAAACAAGGACUAAAGAUUGUUCAAAAGUUUCAAACAAAAAUACCCUAAAAUUUCUAACAAAAGACUGACAAAAGUCUGGAUUCUUUACAAAUUAUCUAAACAAUGAGAGAAUUGGGGUCCAAUGCAUUUCCUGUAUCAGUAUGGUCACCACAAGCAACGGUGAAGAAUUUCUUUCAUGUGCCAGAAAGAUGGUUCAUAGGCUGUGGUGGACUUCUUUAUGAGAACUUCCAUAUAAAUCUUAACAAGUGAUAAGAUUUGUAACAGAAAAAAAAGUUAUUUAAAUAGUUAUGCUCUAAGCCUUUUAGAGCUUUAAUAUCAUUGCCCUAGAUUAUACUUCAUAAGCAACUAGUGCCAUUUUUGGUACAGGGAAAAUACUCCCUGGUCCUUGCAUCAAUUAGCAGCAUGACUGCUGUAAAUGAGUCAUGGCUCAGUUAUUAAAGCACAGUAUUGUAGGCCUGCAGUCUUGAAUUUGCUCCUCAUGGGACUCAGGAUUCCAUCCUUCUGAAGUCAGUAAAAUCAGAGCCCAGAUUGUUGGGGGCAAUAUGCAAGUAAUGCUUUCAUUUUAAAUCACCCAGAGAGUGUGGUAAAGUGCUAAGGGUGGAAUAAAUGCUACUUGCUACUAUACCAAUUGUAUCUUCUGUACACUAUUCAAAAGCAGCUCCAUUGUCAUUGCAGCAAUGGCAUCCAUAGAAACUAGGACCUUUCAUUAGAAUGACAAAAGCAGUAUCAGAUUGUUGCACUGCAGACACAAAAGGUAUUUGGCUUGUGCUGCAAUUCCAUACUGUUGCCUUCAUCAAUCUAAUACCACUAACCCAUCCUGAUGGGUAUGAGUCAGGAUGUAACAAGACAUAGAUAACUAUCACUAAAAUAAAAAUUAGUCAGGACAGCUUGCGGUUAGGGUACUAAAUAUAACUAUAUGGAGGUACUCUUCACAACAUCUUCCAGUGAAAACUGUGAAUAAAAGAGCACCAUGUCUGAAAAACUGUUCUUUUUUGGGAGGUGUGUGUGUGGGCUUCAAUUUUCUCCAAAACAACACAAAUUCUUCAUAGUACACCAUCAACUGUUGUAGCUCCGUUCCACCUGGUCAUGAAGAUGCCACAUAUCAUAGAAGAGCAAUGCUGAUUUGUUCUUGGUGGAUGCAGUGGAUGCAAAAAGCUAAGCAUCCAUGACAAACAUUUCAUUGUUGCAGUUCAGGUGCAGUUCAAAUGGCAACCAUUUCAUCAUUGCAGUUCAGAUGAGCCUCAUUCUAUAUAUAUAUUCUUAUAUGGGUUUAUAGAGAAUAUAUUCUCUAUAUAUUCUAAUCUGUCCAAGAAUUAUUUCAUUUAAAUAGCAGUGGCAAGCCAUCCACUUUGUACAUCUCACCUUCCUAGUAAAUAGGAUAGAUGUGGCUCUCCAUUAGGGAAGAGUCAAUUUAGGAGCAUUAAACUACUCUACAAUAUUCCACAGUAUAUUUCACAAGGCAUGUGGCUAAAGUUGGAAAUUCCCCAAGCACAUUUGGAGAACCAACUGGCUCCAUAAGAUACUUAUGAGCCAGACUAUUUUAACCAAUUCUCCAUCCUUGCAAAGAUUAAAAUUGGCCAGGGAUUUAUAUGUUUAGACAGUGAAAUGUGGCAGCAUACAUUCACCAUCGCUGCACUGUUUCUGUGGAGCAUCUGGUCAGCCAUUCCAUCUCCUGUCCUUCUGCUAUACCACAUAGUAGCCUGGUAGUCAAAGAUCAGAAAGAUAAAUUCUUUGCUCUUCUGUAGCCAGGUCUCUGUAAUUUAUAGCAGAACAGUCCUUUCAUUGGGGGUUAAAUUCUGAAUAAGAAAGGGUUUGCUAGUAACUGAUCUGACAUAAAAAAGGAGGGGUUUCAUGUUCAAGAAGUCACCAUCACUGUUCGUUUAACAGUGAGGGUACAGCUUUUUUUCUCAGACCUUUGCACAUUAUCCUCCAUUUUCCUGAUGCAUUUAUUACCACUACGUCGCAACUAUCCAACCAUCCAUAUCAAGCACUCCCUUUAACAGCCUACUUGCAUAUAAAAAAGUGAGAUGCCCUCAGAAGGAAUUUCUUAAAGUUCUCUUGUAAUCACCCCACAGUGGCGAGCCUAAACUCCAGGAAGCUGAUGCUGCAAUGCACAUCCUCUCGUUUACAAUUUCUGUGGAAUUAUUGGGAAUAGGCUGUUGGAAGUGCUCACAUAGUUGAAUGCUAUGUGUGGCUCACAUAUGUAAAGUAAAACAUAUUUAUUGAAUGCUUACAAAACAAAUCUGCCCAAUUUUAAAGCUAUCAGAUUGCCAUAAACAUAGUAACUAUCUUUCAUAGACACCUACAGUGAUUUCAACUCAGACAAACUGAUGUUUAUUUGUUUCUCAUUCUAAGGUUUAAAUGAGUCAGACAACUGCAAUACGUAUAAAAAUAAAUAAGACAAAUGCAUGAAAGAUAUAAAUAUACAUAUACAUAAAAAUAAAUAUAUACUGUAUUGGUUUUAUUGUUGCAUUUGAAUAUUUCUACUGUAAAAAAAAGGCAGUGAUUUUGAAAUUGUUGAGAAUAAAUGUAUUUUUGUACAUCA